GAUACAUAACUCCUAGUAAUAGGGUUAGGCCUGAAACUAAAGUAAUUAAAACAAAUUGGAUCUGAAUGAAGUUUAUUUUCAUUAAAAAAAUAAAAACUUCUGAAAAUAUUAAAUUAGAAUUAAAUUUUCUUCAGAUUUCCAUUUCCCUACUCAGCAAAAUCAUAAAGCAAAUAUCUUGCAGCAUUUACGCCAGCUUUUUUCAUGUCUUAGGAAUUUCAGAGAGCAACCUUACUUGAAACAACCUGAUAACCUGAUAAUUCUGUUGAAAAUGUACAUCAGUAUAAGUUAAAGUUGAUUUUUAAGAUCUACUCAGUAAUAAUACUAAGUACUUAGCAUCUGCAUCUACCUGGACCACAGUCCUCAAAAACGCCUCAGAAAGGAAGACAUUACUCAGGAAUAAUGUCCAUUCAGGAGAAAUCAAAACAAAAUUCCUCCAAAGUUACUAAAGAAAUUGAAGAUGCGAAUUUAGAACUAGAAAUUCAAAGUUCUCAAAACAGUCUAGCAAAGAAACCAGGUUCCAAGGAAGCUGUAAAAGCACUGGUUAGAUCUUCCACCGAGAGUGAAAUAAAUCAGCCUGAAUUGGGAACACGAAUGAAUACAAGGUCAGCAUCAGCAGCUGAUAAAAAUGCAACUAAAUCCAUUAAUAAUAAUAUGGUAACUGUGAAGGGACAAUCACAAGAAUCUACAAAAAAGAAGAGAUUAUGUCAGGAAAAAUUAGUGCUUGGAACCUUCAAAGGAAAUGAGCAACUUAACCGGAGAUCACAAAGACUACAACAGUUAAGUGAGUGUUCAACCAGGUCUUUGCGCAGUAGAGAGAUUCAGAGUCAAAUUCAGGCAGUUAAACAGAAUUUGCAGCCAACAAGAAGAGAACAGUGUAACAGUACUCAAAGUAAAUCUAAUAAAGUUACAGUAAAUCAAAAGCAUGUGAAAAGAAAAGUGCUUGAAAUAAAGUCUGAUCGUAAGGAGGACAAAAAUUCAGUUACGAAUGAAGUCAUAAAUUCUCCCAAAGGAAAAAAGCUCAAAGUACAGCACGAGACAGCCUAUACUUGUAGUUCUGAGUGCAUUUCAGGAUCUGAAAAGUGUUUCCAGAAGACUGUUAGAAAAGAAGAAUCAAAACCUGUGCCUGUAACUUCUGAGAUUAGAAAAUUAAAAACAGCUACUUCAGUGGUCUCUAAAAAGAGUGAACCAAGGAAAUCAGCUCAUACUCAAGUAAAUACUAGCACAAAAUCCCCCCAAAUUCCACAGCCAUUAGUGCCUGAACAAAGUACUGAUCCUGAAUUGGAGCAAGCUGGAAAGAGCAAGCGAGGUAGCAUUCUCCAACUUUGUGAAGAAAUUGCUGGUGAAAUUGAAUCAGAUACUGUAGAGGUGAAAAGGGAAUGGUCACACAUGGAAAGUGUACAGGAGGAGAAGCCUACAGAAGUCAAACCGGAAGGGACUGAUGUUGAACGACAAAUGCUCCAUCAGAAAGAAACAAACCAGGAUGUGCAGUGUAACCGUUUCUUCCCCAGUAGGAAAACAAAGCCUGUGAAAUGCAUACUAAAUGGAAUAAAUAGCUCCACUAAGAGGAACUCCAACUGGACUAAAAUUAAACUUUCAAAAUUUAACUCUGUGCAGCAACAUAAAUUGGAUUCUCAAGUAUCUCAAAAAUUGGGCUUAUUACGAACUGGUUUUUCACCACCAGUUUUAGAAAUGCCUCAUCCAGUGUCUCAAAGUACAUUUUUAGAGAUGAAACCACAUAGUAAUGUAACUUGCCAACAGGAUAAAAUGAAAGGAAUUAAAUCUGAAGAAGUUAAAAUUAAUAAUAUUGCAAUUGAAAUUAAUAAAGCCACGAAAGGGGCUCCUGGAAAUUGUCAUUUGGAUAAUCAUAUUAAACCCUCUCCUGACUCACCAUUGGAUAAUCAGAUGAAACAUUCUUGUGAGUCAGCACCAGAUAAGAAUUUCAGCUUAUGUUCAGCAUCUGAGGUGGAGAAUAGCUCAUUAGAAGACACUGCUGCUGCUUCAGCUCUUCCCAGUCAAGCAAAGAUUGAUGGAGACAGAAAGUUUCCAGGUUCAACUCCUAAGCAGCCUCAUAGUGUACUCAGUAAUGAAGCGUCUAUCAACAGCAAGCCCAGGGAUAUACCACCAAAUCAUUCUCAGCUGAAGUAUAAUUCUCAUUUGGAGAUAACAAUUCCAAAGGCUUUGAAACUGAAAGAAUCAGAGAAAGUGGAUGAAAAACAGCUUGUCAUAGAUGCAGGACACAAAAGAUUUGGAGCAGUGUCCUGUAAUAUCUGUGGAAUGCUUUAUACGGCUUCAAAUCCAGAAGAUGAAACCCAGCACCUGCUUUUCCACAACCAGUUCAUAAGUGCUGUAAAGUAUGUGGGCUGGAAAAAAGAAAGAAUUCUGGCUGAAUAUCCUGAUGGUAAGAUAAUAAUGGUCCUUCCCGAAGACCCAAAGUAUGCCCUGAAAAAGGUUGAUGAAAUUAGAGAGAUGGUUGACAAUGAUUUGGGUUUCCAACAGGCUCCAUUAAUGUGCUAUUCCAGAACUAAAACACUUCUCUUUAUUUCUAAUGACAAGAAAGUAGUUGGCUGCCUAAUUGCAGAACAUAUCCAGUGGGGCUAUCGAGUUAUAGAAGAGAAACUUCCAGUUAUCAGGUCAGAAGAAGAAAAAGUCCGAUUUGAAAGGCAAAAAGCCUGGUGCUGCUCAACGUUGCCAGAGCCUGCAAUAUGUGGGAUCAGUCGAAUAUGGGUGUUCAGCAUGAUGAGGCGGAAGAAAAUAGCUUCUCGAAUGAUUGAAUGCCUAAGGAGUAACUUUAUUUAUGGCUCAUAUUUGAGUAAAGAAGAAAUUGCUUUCUCAGAUCCCACUCCUGAUGGAAAGUUGUUUGCAACACAGUACUGUGGCACUGGUCAGUUUCUGGUCUAUAAUUUUAUUAAUGGACAGAAUACCACCUAAUCCAGAUCUCGCCUGCUGUACCGGAAGACAUCUUCUGAAGAGAAAGCGUGGCUGCUGACUUUAACCAGGAACUAGGGCCAUUUUAUUACAGUGAACUCAGGACUGGCAACAGCCGUGUGGUUGUUCCAUUUUCAUAAAAUUGGAAACAAUGCAGUAAUAGCUAUUAUUGUUUUGUUUUUUUAAAGAAGAUAUUUUAUUAUCUUUUACAGAAAUUUAUGAUUGUAUUUUAUCUAUAGUUAUUUAGACAUGUUUACAUGCAGCAGAUAAUUGUUCAUAGUGGACUGAAAAUUAAUGCAAGGACUAUGGUCUCAGUGAUAAGUAUAUUUUGAAGUUCUUAAUAUGGAAAUAUACCAGUGUAGCUUGGUACUGUAUUUUUUUAUAUUGAUCUGCUGAUACCAGUUAUAGGUUUAAAGAUUGUAUUUUCAGAGUGGAAACCAAUGUUUUUUGAGUUAUUAUUCAAGGACAGUACAGUAUUACAUGCUUAAGAAUUUGAAGCUACUAAACCAUACUCUAAGAAAAUCCCUCAGAAAAGGAGAGCUCCAAGUGAAAGAACUUACAACAAUCUCUGUUGCUUACUUUUCUGUCACUGAUGGAGGCAGUGGGAAGCUCUCUCAUGUGGCGCCAUAAAUGACGAGAGUCACAAAGAACUACAGAAUAGUUGUAAACUAAACGUGGGUGGCUUGGUAUCUGCGUUGGUAUUCCUCAGAAACACUGCACUGAGUAUACGCCCUCAUUACUGGACUUCAUUUUGAUACUUGUCUAUCCUUCAUAGUGCCCUCUACUUUUAAAGGGUUUAUAUGUUAAAAAACUGCUGUGGCCUUUUAUGACCUGUAUAUAAUGUAGAAUAAAAUAAUAAAAUUCUUGAUA